UCUGACGUGUGUUGUAUUUGAGUGUGUUUGUUAUGAAAUAUUUUAAGUAUUUAAUAGUUUAUUCUUAUAAUGUCGACGGAACACAAUAUUGCAGACUAUGAGGAAGUGCUUGCCGUUUUACCGGAAUCCUUUCAAGACUACGGUAAAGAUAAUCCCGAUGUUUUGGUAUACUUGUCAGAAUUGGGUUCUUUGGGUCUGCAGCGUUUAAGUCAAGAGCCGGAACGCUUAAAUGAGGAAAAAUCGGCCCUUUUAGAACAAACACAAGAUCUGGCAUUUCACAACUACAAAACUUUUAUCCAAGCAGCUGAAUGCUCUCAGAAAAUAUUCCAAGAUUUCAACAUAAUCGAAACAAGGUUGGAUUCUCUGCUGAACAAAUUGCCUCCAUUCAAAGGAAAAUGUUCUGACUUUAGUAAGCAAGCCCAGCAGAUCAACGCAAGAUGGCAUCAAGCUUCUUCUACGCUGUCCAAGCAUCCGCAAUUACUCGAAUUCCUGGAAAUGCCGCAGUUGAUGGAUAAUUACGUCAGGACAGGAUGUUACGACGAAGCCUUGGAGUUGUCAGCGUAUGUAAAAAGGCUCGAGAGGAAGCAUUCAGAUAUAUCUCUUGUCCAAACCAUUGUGGCGGAUGUUCGGGUUGCAUUGAAUGUGAUGCUCACACAGUUAUUAUCAAAAUUGCGGUCAAACAUCCAACUGCCUGAGUGCCUAAAGGUGGUUGGGUACCUCAGACGCAUGGACGUCUUUGAUGAGACCGAGUUACGGAUCAAAUUCUUGCAGGCAAGAGACGCUUGGUUUCAGAAAGUUAUUGGUGAUAUCGAGAAAGGAGAUCUGUACACGCACAUAAUGAAAGUCAUUGAAAAUAGUCGAAUCCAUCUAUUUGACAUCAUCACUCAGUAUCGUGCAAUAUUUUCUGAUGAUGAUCCUCUGUCCCUGGUGCGAGAUAAUUCAAAGUGUAAUUCAUCCAUUUUUCAUAGUUGGGUGGUAUGGAAAAUAUCAUGGUUCCUGAGUGUCCUAAAAAAUGAUAUAUCUUCAAACCUGGGUGGAAGGAUAGAUUCGGUGUUGGCACAAUGUAUGUAUUUCGGAUUAUCCUUUAGCCGUGUGAACAUAGAUUUCAGGUCUCUUCUGUUACCAAUAUUUCAAAAUGUGAUGCUCUCAAAAUUUCGGACAGAAGUCGAUUCUGCCACUUUUGGAUUUAUUAAGAACAUGCAUAUGUAUGUUUUUUCUAGUUAUACAAAUACCACUAUAUUGAUGUCCAACACAGUACCAGAAAAUUCCUUACAGCCUCCGAACAGUCUUUUAGACUUUUAUCCGUUAGCACAAUACUGUAAUGAUGUGUUGGGUGUUUUCAAUGAGCUGAAAUUAUGUCCAUCCUUUGCAGUAGCAUCAGAUGUUACAAAAUACCUCUCAAAAUCAAUAUCCAAAGUGGUGAAAACUUUAGUUGACAUUCAUAACCAAAAAUAUCACAAAAUGAGUGAAAUUGAAAGAAAGAAUUUUAUGCAAUUUUGUUUUCUAGUAUCAUCGGAUUUGCUGCCUCAUUUUAACAAGUGUUUGAAUGUGCUUUUCUCUUCGGAUGAUAUUUCUCGUGUUUUGGGAAUAACAUCUUUAGAGUUCAAAAAAAUUGAAUUUUUGUGCAAGCUAGAUAUAGACGACUUGUUGAAAACUCUUAAUGCAGUAUUACCUCCAAGUGAGGACGAUGAUGUAGAUAUAGGUCUGACAAUGUCUUUUAAUUCUAAGAAAGAGGAAGAUGUAAAUGAAACAAGUACUAGUGUAAUAUCAAAUAUGGAGGAAAGUGAAAAAUGUGAAAAAAACGAUAAUUUGAAGAACAAGGAUAGUGAUAACAAUGAUCAAGAGCAGGUUACAGAUUCAGAAAUUAUCGGAGAUACUCAACAAACAAGUGCAGUUGAUGAAACUAACUCCAAUUUAAAAUUUCCUGAAGACAGUGAUAUUAAUGAAGAAAAGGCUUUGAAUCAAGAAGCUGAUUUAAAGACAAUUAAUGAAAAGGAACAAAAAUGUGAUUAAUUGCUCUUCAUUUGCCAUAGCCAUAGUAUUAUUAUAUUUAAUAAAAUAUAUUAAUGUACAAAUUAUAUUCUUGAAGUUUAUAAAAUCAAAAUGUUAA